CAGGAAGACGAACAGCAUGCGAGCAGAAAACUUCAAUAUCGCUGCGUGAAUAGCAUCUCCGCGUCCUUUAUAAACUCAGAAACCUGAUUAAACUGCGUAAAAAAACCUGAAGAAAUUAAACGCGGACGACACCCCCCUCCCUUUAAGCAAAGGUCAAAGUUCACAGGAAGCUGGGGGGCUGCCAUUUUCCCCCCUGCUAACAUGUUAGAUGCUAAAAAGGCAAGGAGUGGUGGUCGCUGCUGAGCGCUUGUGUUUAUUAGGUGUUUGUCAUCGGUUUGCGCUCGUCUGCCUCUUCUGUCGUAUGCGUUAGGCUCGGUUGUUGAAUGAAGGCGGCAUGGAGAGGACAGAGCAGCCGUGGAAUUCGUCCUACACGUACCAGGUGAGCAAACACAGCGCCGAGAUGCUACACAACCUCAACGGCCAGAGAAAAGAUGGAGGCAGGUUUUGUGAUGUUAUCUUGCGCGUCGGAGAGGAGAGCUUCCCCGCGCACAAGGCGGUGCUGGCGGCGUGCAGCGAGUAUUUCGAGUCGGUGUUCAGCUGUCAGACGGAAGACGACGGCCAGGGCAAGGAGCUGGAGAUGCACACGAUCAGUCCUAAAGUUUUCCGAGACAUCCUGGACUUCGCGUACACCUCCAAGAUCGUGGUGCGCCUGGAGUGCUUCCCGGAGCUGAUGACCGCGGCGAAGUUUCUGCUCAUGCGGUCCGUCAUCGAGAUCUGCCAGGAGGUCAUCAAACAGUCCAACGUGCAGAUCCUCGUGCCCCCUUCCCGCGGAGGCGAGCACAGCCUGUUUAGGGCCGCGGAGCAGCUGUCAUACCCCCUGCCCGUGGACAUGUCAAACGGGAGCGUGUCCAACGGCGCUGUGUUUACCGACAACAAUGACAGCGACGGUGCUGAUCCGAGCAACAUCUCUCAGCCGGCCGCUCCCGGGGCUCCAACGGCCGAUCGCUUAGCGGUUUCCCCAUUGGAGUUUUCCAGCGGCCAUCUAAACAUCGACGGCUUUAAACGAGGCAAACCCAGACCCAAAAAAGAGCCCAUAGCGGAGCCGAUCACUUACAACAAUAGCACUGGUCAGAACGCAGAAGGGGGCCUUUUCUCCUGUGGGAUGUGCGGGAAGAUGUUUCCAGACGACGUCCAGUUGAGAAACCACGAGGCGCAGCACGGGACGUUCACCGGUGGCAUGAGCACCGGAGUAGAGCUGGUCGCUGUUGACGGCCCGACGAUGAUCUCUCAUCCUGGCCAACCGAGAUUUCAGGGAAACGGACUACCUACGGACACCCGUAAACGCGAGAGGACGAGACGACACGUCGCGUGCGACUUGUGCGGGAAGGUCUUCCGAGACGUCUACCACCUCAACCGGCACAAGCUGUCGCACUCCGGCGAGAAACCCUACGCGUGUCCGGUGUGCGGGCUGCGGUUUAAACGCAAAGAUAGGAUGUCUUACCAUGUGAGGUCUCACGACGGCUCCGUGGGUAAGCCCUAUGUCUGUCAAAGCUGCGGGAAAGGGUUCUCCAGGCCAGACCAUCUGAAUGGACAUAUAAAACAGGUGCACACCACAGAGAGACCUCACAAGUGUCAGAUUUGCAACGCAUCCUUCGCAACACGAGAUCGCCUGAGGUCGCACCUGGCAUGCCAUGAAGAUAAGAUACCCUGUCAAGUGUGUGGGAAAUACCUCCGGGCUGCCUACAUGACUGACCACUUGAAAAAACACAGUGAAGGACCUCAUAACUACUGUGGAAUAUGCAACAAAGGUUUUUCUACUGCGUCCUACUUAAAGGUGCACGUAAAAACGCACCACAGCUCGUCCAUGCUCCCUUCCUCUGCAGCACAUCAGUUCCCUGAACCACGCACCAACAGACCACAGACUCACAACGGCGCCCCCUACCACUCAGGACGCCAGUGCGCAGUGGAAGACCUUUGCACCAGUCGCCGACUCCUGGUUACCUUUCCUGAGACAGAGGGGUCUUUUCGGGGGCUAUCUGGGCCAGUUCUACCCCAGCCUGUCCCUCCAGGCAUGGGCCUUCAGCCUGAGCUGCUCAUGGGCAAGCCAGGUCCGACUCCCUAUUUCUGGGAGUGCCGCUCUUCUGGAGCACCAGGGUUUCCACUUCAUGGACCUCUUCCAGACGGGCAGGAGAAUGCUGGGAAAUGUCCUCAUCAGGAUUCUGACGGCUCAGAUGCAGUUUUCGGUGACCUUUCCAACGGAAUGGAUCUCAAGGCUGAGCAUAAAGUUGAGGGAGAAGAAAUGGAGGUGACAUCCUUCAUCUUCAACGGCCAACCUGAUGAUGCAGUGACCUCACCAGAGGGCUCCAAAAACAUCCCAAAAACAGACCAGGAAAAGAAGUUUGCCUGUGGCGAAUGCGGUCAGGCUUUCCGCACAAAGUCUUACCUCAACAAGCACCAUCACCGGGUUCAUAAGAAACGUGCCGCGGCUGCCUCCAGUCUCGGAGACCUCGCCUCACCCUUUUCCCCCCAACAGAAUAUGUCACUUCUUGAAUCCUUUGGCUUUCAGAUCGUCCAGUCGGCCUUUGCCUCCUCACUUGUGGACUCUGAGAUGGGCAGCAGUGGAAUGGGUUUAGGGGAGAAAUGACCCUUUUGAGAUGCAUAACCAAACUUUUGAUAACUGCGAGUUUAGUCUGUUGUCUCAUACUCCUUGACGCCAUAUGUAGACUACUUUUGUUCGAUGUUUUUAAUUAGUAUGAUGUUUGUUAAUGUUUUGACUUUGAUAUCAUGAGCUAUGUUUCCAUCCAAACAUAAGUCUUAUGUGCAGAACUGGAAUAUAGGCAUAAAACAUUAGCGAAUAAAGCACUGUUUCCAUCAAAUGAGUCGAAGAGGACAAAAAAAACUUCACUUUCUGAUAAACUGAAUCCAAAUAUCAGAAAAAAAAUAGAUAAAAAAAAUAAUAAUAAUAAAUAAAAAAAAUAUAUAUAAUGACCUCGCCUUAGAAGCAUUUAUCAUCACAUGGUCUUUUAUAACAAAAUCACUUGAUGUUUUUGAUGCUCAUACUGGAAUGUCUGCAGUAAAUGUGUUUCCAUGAUAGUUUGUGUAAUUUUUUUGGGAUAAAACGUUUAUUGGACUCAGUUAUGCGCAUAAGUUUAUGCACAUUUUGAAAAUGUAUGCACAUCUUAACAUUUCCAUCAAGAAAUUUCAAUGCAAUAUUUCAAAAUCUGCAUGAAAAUGGGUGAAUGGAAACAUAGCUGUUUUGAUUCCAUUGUGGUGUGAAGCAGCUAAUUAGUUUAUUCCACAUUUGACAAGUCCUCCACCUCUGACAUGUAUGUUUAUUAUCACGUGUGUCUGCUUCCAGAUUCACGGGUUGAGGAUGAUGUUUGAUUUAAAAGACAAACCAAUGCCCUAAAUAUGUUCUGAAUGUACCUCUAGGUUGUUUUUGUCCAGGCAGUGUCCAUGUCCACACAUUCAGUACCUCACAGAGAUCCGUAACAUUAAUGAGCAUUUCAGUUUUAAUGCUAAAUUGCAGAAAACAAAGCUGGAGUCAUUACGACUGUUUUUGUAGUCCAAUGACUACUGAAGCUGUAGACUACUUAUGUAAACUAAGAUCGCUUUAUUUCACAAUUCUUUCUUUUCUCUCACAGCUGUGCGUUUAUAUAGCACAAUUCUGUUUUCCCCUCAUUACACAGAGAAACAAAUUUGAAUUCUGAAAAAAAGUGCUAAUUUUGAGGAGAAUAAGUCUAGGUAUCUGAUUAAUUCUCUCAGUUGCAAGUUAAUAGACCUUUCUGGGAUUAUAUUACAAUUCCAUUUGUUUUUCUUUUUCAAGAUCAAAGAGGUGUUAAGUUGAAAUGUCCAAAAAUUAAACAUGUAAUUUUCUGAGGAGAAAGGAAAGCUUUCCUA